AUGAUAGACGCAGUUAAUGAUUAUUUAGCACCGAAAAGAUUUGGUAUUGUCACCUAUAUAUGUGUAAUUGUUCAUUUCCUUUGUGGAUUGGUAUUUACUGCUGUUACCGCAGCUUUGAGGGCAAGUGAGAACGGGAAAUUUUCUUGCUCUGUUGAUGCUAAAAGUACGGCCACGUACAAGAAACAGGUCGACCAGGCAUGUUUUGCAAGAUAUGAUCAGGCUUAUAACUCUCCUCUGCCUUUGUACGGCUUUGUCUUACUGAGUAUUGGAUUGUCAGUUCUUGUCAGUGUUGUUUAUUCACUGCUAGUAUGGAAGCGUGUCGACGAAAUAGAGUCAAGCAAUGAACGACAAACUGAUGACGAGGCCGAGUUCCGGGUCCAUGGACAGGACUGGAGAAUUUUUAAUGUGUUUUAUCGCUAUUUUAUCCACCUCGUUGUGCGUUCGUUAUUUGGGAUCAUUUUUACUGUUGUACAACACACAUAUUUCUAUCCCAAUGGUUUCGAUUUGAAAUUCAGCUGUAAUUUACCACCAGCGGAAGUAACAUCCAACAUCAAUACACCAAAGAAUGCGAAUCGUCAUUUGAACAGUACAUCAGUAAAUUGUGAGAAUGCGACAGCGUCAGAGAAAUGGUUAUGGGGCAUAAUUGUAUCUGCAAUAAACAUUAUUGUUGCCUUAAUUAUAUUUGUGGAAGUGAUUUAUCUUUUGCCACGUUUACCAAUACUCAACCGUCAUUCUGGAGUUUGCUGGAGCGAUGAUACUGAAUUUGUUAUUGAAUAUCUUCUUGGCAAGCAAUAUAACGUACCUGGUGAAAGUGAACCCUUAACAAGCAUCGAAAACAACCCUCCACACUGUAGCACUCAAGAUUAUAGCACUCUGGACUCUGUCGCUCAAGCAUGUAGCACUUUGAACGAUAGCAUUCAGGACACUAGGAAUCAGACCACUCCCGACUCUGUCGCUCAAGAAUGUACCACUAUGGACAAUGAAAUCCAGGACUUUGGGACUGAGGACUGUAUCGACUUUUACAAGCAACAUGUUUUGAAUCGAUCUCGUGCACCUGACAUAAUUUACGGACCAAACGCAAAUAUAGAUGAUUUGUAUAUUGACGUUGUUAUCCAUACUGGACGAGCUCAGCAUAAUUUUCCUGAAGAAAUGAACAGACACGAAAUUUACGAUGUUUAUAUGGAAGUUCCUCAAACCUCAAUACGUUUAGAAAGGAUUGAUGAAUUAUUUUACCCAAACAGAGAUACAAAAGGAGAAUUUCCUUGUAGUAUUCUGGCGAUUGGAAGACCUGGGAUUGGAAAAACUGUCUUGACCGAAAAAAUUCUCCGUGACUGGGUUAAUGGAAUUGAUGAAUAUUAUUCCGAUAAGAUUGUCUUCUUUGUCAAAUUCAGAUGGUUCAACGAGAAUAUUAACAAAUUGACAAAUAUACCCCUUAAAACAUUUCUUCGGUUUGGGACGGGACUGAAUGAAGAAAAUUUUGAAAGUAUUUAUGAAGAAAUUGCAAAAGAGCCACAAAAAGCCAUUCUUGUUUUUGAUGGUUUAGAUGAAUAUCACGGCAACCCCAUAAAUUGCUUAGACCAAUCUCGCAUAAUUCCAAACGAUCCUAAUACUGGCACGUCAGCAAUGAAUUUAUUCAUUAAACUUGUUUUGGGCGAUUUGUUGAAAGGAGUAACAAUUGUAGUAACAAGCAGACCGACUGCAGAUGAUUUUUACUCGAGACUUGAUUUUGAUCGAAAUGUGGAGAUUAUUGGUUUCACUUCCGAUAAAAUUGAAGAAUAUGUCGGCCGAUUUUGUGACAAUAAUAACACAAGCUACCUUAAAACGAAGAUAUGGAACCACAUAAAAUCCUCAUCAGAACUGUUAAAUUUAUGUUACAUUCCAGUCAACUGUUUUAUAGUGUGUGUUACCCUCUCUGGAUGUCUUAGUUACCCAAGAAAUGUUACCGGUGCUCUUCCAACAACACUGACAGAGCUAUACAAGACAGCCAUUGAUCAUUUUGAGAAACAUCACCACAGAAAUGCAGACAGAAACUCUAUGGCACAUGAAGCGUUAAAGAAACUUCAACGAUUAGCAUUCCUUGGUAUGGAAAGCGGGCAACUGAUUUUUGAUCAAGUAUUAUUUGAUGACCAAAUGAAAAAGUCUGGUUUAUUGAACAGUUUAUCCAACCCUAUUUUCCCACUACAAACACAAUUUUGUUUUAUCCAUUUAACCAUACAAGAAUUUCUUGCUGCAAGACACGUGACUGAAACACUCGUUCCAGCCGAAAUAAAGAAGUUCAUUUCCGACCAUGUUAAAAGUGGUAACUGGCAUUUAGUUCUUCAGUUUAUUGCGGGACUUUUGGGCAAGAGAAUCAAGAAUUUUGAUAGGGAAUACACGGAGUGUGUUUUCGCGUUUACGGAAAGCUUCAAAGUUACUGAUGGUAAAAUUCGAGUUACUUACCAUGAAGUGUUUGUAUUGAAGUGUUUAAAGGAAGUGGACGAUGAAGAAAUUACUAAAGAAGUUUGCGAAACAACUGCUAUAAACGAUGUGGCAGAACUAUACAUUAAUCCUGCAUCUUAUCAUCUUUCUCCAAGUGACUGGGCGGCAGUGACUUUCGUUUGCAAACACAUGAAAAAAUUGGCAAAUUUGACAUUGUUUGAAUUUGCCGCAGAUUGUCUUCCGGAGGUUCUGGGGUUGCUACGAAAAAGAUGCCUAAAUAAACUAGAAAUGCACAUGGCGGAAGCACAUGGCACUGUUGCAGACGAAAUAGACCAAGUAUUUAGCGCAUUAAUAGAAUUAAACUGUACAUUGGACCACAAACACACUAAGCUGACUUCGUUAGCACUUGGUAAUUUUCGCAUGACCGAAACGGCUUUACCAAUAAUGUGCAAUUUUUUUGAAAACGGGAAUACGAGCCAACUUGAGCAGUUAACUUUAAAUCGUAAUGGAAUUGAUUCGCAUGAAAUUUCGAAACUUUGUGAAGUCCUUAACAAUGGACAUUGUCCAAAUUUUACACAUUUGGAUCUUGGAAAUAAUUCAAUACGUGAUGAGGGUGGAAUGGUGUUGUGUGAUACUCUGACGAAAAGGCUUCGUAAACUUAAUAGAUUGUAUGUAGUUCAGUGCUGGUUAACAGAUCGAUGUAUUCCUAUGCUAGGUAAGGCACUGCAAGAUGAACGGUGUCAACUAACUGAUCUAUCACUGGCGAACAAUGCCAUAGGUGAUGAAGGUGUAGGUAUGUUGUUUGAAGAUGCCCUAACAAAAGAGCAUUGUAAGCUUACUAAGUUGAAUCUUAGUGAGUGUUCGUUAACGGAUCAAUGCAUACCCAGUUUGUGUAAGGCGCUGCAAAAUGAACGUUGUCAACUGACUGUUCUAUCACUGCGCUACAAUGCCAUAAGUGAUAAAGGUGUAGGUAUGUUGUUUGAAGAUGCCCUGACAAAAGAGCAUUGUAAGCUUACUGAGUUGUCUCUUCAACAGUGUUUGUUAACAGAUCAAUGCAUACCCAGUUUGUGUAAGGCACUGAAAGAUGGUCAGUGUGUGUUAACAAGAGUAUCGCUUUUAUUGAAUAAUUUUACUAAAAACGGCAAGAAGUUACUGCGUGACACAAUGAAUUAUAAAAGUUGUAAAGUUAGGGGUUUACAAAUUGUUGUCUGA